UUGGAAAUUGGAUUAAAAAAGAAGCCUACGGUUAUGGUUGAGGUCCAAUGAUUUGGCCUCCAUUAUUCUGCAGAGUUUCUUCCAAAUCCAUCGAGAAGUUGGUAGAAGCUUAUGGAAAUCAGAAAGAAAGAGAGGAAAAGAUCACCAGAAAACCCACGAAGCAACUCCUCUGUUCUGUUUCUUCCUCUUUAAAUCCCCUCAGACCCAACGGUGACAGAGCAUCGAAGCAGCAAACAAAAUCCCAGAUCGUAUCAAUAUCCAUCACUUUCCACAAUCCUAAUUCAACAACAACAACAACCAUGUCGCUUAUUCCCAGCAUUUUCGGUGGCCGCCGGAGCAACGUCUUCGAUCCCUUCUCCUUAGACAUUCUGGAUCCAUUCGAAGGCUUCCCAUUUUCAACCUCAUUGGCCAACAUUCCUUCCUCUGCUAGUCAGGCCUCUGCUUUUGCCAACACUCGCAUCGAUUGGAAAGAGACCCCCGAAGCCCACAUCUUCAAGGCCGAUCUUCCUGGUAUCAAAAAGGAAGAAGUUCAAGUAGAAGUGGAAGAAGGUAGAGUGUUGCAAAUCAGUGGAGAGAGGAGCAAAGAGCGGGAGGAGAAGAACGAGAAAUGGCAUAGAAUUGAGAGGAGUAGUGGGAAGUUUAUGAGGAGAUUCAGGCUGCCGGAGGAUGCUAAAGUUGAGGAGGUGAAGGCAAGCAUGGAUAAUGGAGUUCUGACGGUGACAGUGCCUAAACUAGAAGACAAGAAGCCUGAAAUCAAAUCAAUUGACAUCUCUGGUUAAACAUUAUUGUUCUUUCUUAUGCAUCUGGCCCUGUUCGGAUCAGUCAAAAUUGAGUUCUAAUUUUGGUGUAUUCUGUAAUGUUGGUGACUGUGGAGAGAUCAGAGAGAAAGCUGGUUGUGUGUUUGUAUAUGAUAUGUUUUUAAGGUAAUGGAUAUCAUCAAGUUGUGAGUUUUCUUUUUUCAAUAAAAAAAAUCAAUCACUACUCCUUAUUCCGUUAUCUGUACCAAAAUGUCGAAGGGGCAUUUGGGCAGGUUUGGAAUAUUGUUUUUAAGUGGAUG